GCGCAGAGGGCUCUCCGCUUAUCAGCGCCUUCAGUGCCGAGAGCACAGACUCGCUCAGGCGGCCAAGCUCCACAGCGGGACACAAACAUACAUGAUCGGUGACUACCCUUGACGCUCCCGGAGACAGAAAAAGGAAUAUUAGAAUAGAAUAUAUAGAGAUAUUCGUGUUUUAUGUGAGACCUUUCCGAAUGAACAAUCAUGGGGGAGUGGACCAUAUUGGAGCGUCUUUUGGAGGCAGCUGUCCAACAGCACUCUACUAUGAUCGGAAGGAUCCUGCUGACAGUGUUGGUGAUCUUCCGGAUUCUGAUUGUGGCGAUUGUCGGAGAGACUGUGUAUAACGAUGAACACUCCAUGUUUGUUUGCAACACCUUACAGCCGGGCUGCAACCAGGCCUGCUAUGACAAGGCUUUCCCCAUCUCCCACAUCAGGUACUGGGUGUUCCAGAUCAUCAUGGUGUGCUGCCCCAGCCUCUGCUUCAUCACCUACUCUAUGCACCAGUCUGCCAAGCAGAAGGAGCGGAGCUUCUCCACAGUGUACCUCUCCCUGGAAAAAGACCAGGAGUCAAUGAAACGAAAUGACAGCAAGAAGAUUAAGAACACCAUUGUGAAUGGAGUCCUGCAGAACACUGAAAACUCCAACAAAGAGGCAGAACCUGACUGUCUGGAGGUCAAGGACAUCCCCAACUCAACACUGCGAACUACAAAGUCAAAAAUGAGAAGGCAGGAGGGAAUCUCCAGGUUCUAUAUAAUCCAGGUGGUUUUCAGGAAUGCACUAGAGAUAGGGUUUCUGGUGGGUCAAUACUUCCUGUAUGGAUUCAACGUCCCUGCAGUGUAUGAGUGCGAUCGAUACCCUUGCAUAAAAGAUGUAGAGUGCUAUGUUUCCAGGCCCACAGAGAAGACUGUGUUUUUGGUCUUCAUGUUCGCAGUCAGUGGCAUUUGCGUGGUCCUGAACUUGGCAGAGCUCAACCAUCUCGGCUGGAGGAAGAUCAAAACUGCUGUGAGGGGAGUGCAGGCCCGGAGGAAGUCCAUUUAUGAGAUCCGGAACAAGGACUUGCCCAGGAUGAGUAUGCCAAACUUUGGCCGCACUCAGUCCAGUGACUCUGCAUAUGUUUAGCUGCCUGCCACACAUACUGUACAUGAGGAGGCUGCAGGACAGCUGUGUAGAGACUACUUAUUAAUUUGUUAAUAUUUAGUCUUCAACGUAACAGAGGUGAGUUGAGAUGUGGGGAGAUUUCAAGAGAUGUGCUGUGUCUCUGAAACAAUGCAGAGUGCAUUUAGAAACACAUGUAGUUCUCUACCUAUAUAUGCAGAAUGUUUGACUGAUUUUGAUUCAUGAAGAAUGGAUAUUUUCCACUAGAUGGAGAAUUUAUCUCACUGAGAUUAUUUUCUUUUAUGAAGAAACUAACAGACAUCUUCUGUUUGGAAGUUUUUGAGCAGAAGUCACUGAUAAGUUAUUGCUGUUUUCUUUCUUUGUAAAGUGCUUCUUUACACUGCAUGGUCAAAUGUCUGUGGACACCCCAACAUUCCAGCCAUAUGUAAUAGUUAUAAAUGUUAUCAUGACAACAUGAAGAUGAAUGUGCUGCCUUUUGUUUGGGACCUAACGGCAGGAAUUUGCUCCCACUCAGACACCAGAGCAUUAUUGAGGUGCAGCCCAAAGAGACAAACACAAAAUUGGGAGCACAUUCUUGUCAAAAUGAUGAGGUCUGCUGGAGAAUUAAGACAAUCGGUUCCUGUGUUAAUUUUGUAUGUACCUUUUAAAUGUUGGGGAUCUCAUAAUACAUUAAACAGAGAAGGUCAAAAUCAUCUGUUUAGCAGACAAUAUCCUUGGGCAGGGUGAUAAAACAAUAAUUAUCACAAUAAUCAUUAAUGGCAAUAUAACAGAAGCUCAACAUAUAUUAACACAUUGCGUAUGCAUUGUACAAGCAUUGGAGGUAUAAUUAAUAAUUGUUUUUGGUUCUACCUCAGAAAAAUCCCAGUCGCAGUCACAACUUAGAUGCAAGCCACAUUAGACAUGAAAGUGGGAUAUGACUCUCCCCUCUGGUCGCCCUUCAAAUGGCAGACUCCCCUCAGGCUUUUGGAUAUAAAUUUGAAGUCUCCAACUAAAAUUCCAGAGUCUAAGAAAAUAACUGCAGAGUCUCAGACUCAACACAGCUCCUCCAGUAUACAUCUGUUCCCACUGGCUUGGUAGAAUUAUUUGUGGCAUGAAAACUAAGGUUCAUAUGUACAAUAGGUAAGAUGCUCUGUGAAUUGGAACUAAGGAACCUAUCCCAAACCAAGAAAAAUCAUAAACAUGUUUUUGGCCAUACAGUGUAUAAGAUUCUAGAGGUUUUCUGUAUAGUCUUGCACUAAUAAGCCAAAUGAACUAUCCUCUCUGAGCUGAGACUGAUUUAGUCGCACUACAGUGGUUCCAAAUGCAACCUCUACAGAAACAAUAAUGUAGUUUAAAUGGUUAAAAUGUUCUUUGCACAUUAUAAUUACACAAAAGAAAAUAUAUAAAUUUCUUAGGAAUCUCACUGUUUUUGAUGCCUGUUAUCACACCACUGACCUUAAUCUGAAUGAUCAAUAUAUUAGUGGCACCUGGAAACCACUCACCGUUUUUUCUUCUUUUACACAUGUAAUUUGGGAUGUUUAUUCUUUUCAUGUCAUCAAGUGCCAUACAUGUGUAUAUGUACAGUCAAAUCUCUAUCCAGAGAUAUAGAGCACAUGAAAUCUCACUUUGGAUUAUCUUUCAUCUGAAGAGAUCUAUGGAAAUGGUGUGUUACAAUCAUCUAGGAUUUCCAUUUGCAAAACAAAUGGCAACCACCAUACAUAUUAAAAGGUUUAUUGAUCUGAUUUUCAUCUGAAGUCUUAAGAUCAAGUGAGUCAUGAAUUUGAAUUGGAAUUGGAAAAUAGACUGUGUAUGCCACUGUGUAUGCCACUGGUGCUACCAUUAAAGUGUAAUAACUAUACGAUACGGAACAAUCUGUAAUAAAAUAAGAGGCAUAUGAGGUGUGGUGUUUAAGGUUUUUAGUACAGUUACCUACAGAGUCAUCAGCAGCUGCUCUUGUAUUUUCACUGAAGUAUUUAUCAAACAAACAGGAGGGAAAAGUACAUUCGUUGAUGCCUUUGAGAACAUCUGUACACACCCAGAAAUCAGG